AUGGUUGAGAUGAAUCCAGUUGAUCGAGCUUUCUGUCUAUUUACCGAGGUCGAUAAGUCCGAGGCAGCGGCGUCUUCAGUCAUGGAAGCUGCUCAACCCGAAAGUACAUUUGCAUUGAAUUUAACAGAAAGCGAGAAGAUUGCCCGAAGUCAAGUUGUUCUACCGUAUGAAGCCGCCGUUCCUAACCUGGAUGACAAUCAAUAUGCUCCUCCAACGGGAAUGACAAUUCAUUAUCAGCCAGAUUGUUUUGAUGACUUGGACGACGAAGAUCCUGAUGAUGAUUUGUCAAUCUGA